GAUGUGCGGGGCUCAAAUCAUGAGUCUCUUUACGUUUCGAUCGAUAUCAUUCCCACCAGGCGAUAACGCCUCCAGGGCUUCAGUCCUCUUCUUUCAUUCUGUUUCUAAUCAUCUUCAAUAAAGGCGUCUGGCUGCGACUGUGCUCCCCGUACCACCCGCCUAUCCACUCGCUCGGAACCCCAGCCGUUUCAGGCCCACCGGGCUGGAAGCCGAACAUCAUCUGGGAGUCUAACCUCAAAGCUCUUUACGAGAUCGAGCAAUGGAUCGACCUGAGUAUUCAAAGCAAAGAUUUUCUAAGAGUCGUAAUGGAUGCGUUACUUGCAAAGCACGAAGAGUAAAGUGCGAUGAGACAAAGCCAACCUGCGAGCAAUGUGCUCGUCGGCGAAUACCCUGCGGUGGUUACAAGGUCGAUGUCAGAUGGAAGCAAGCCCCUGACCCCAAACCAAAGAGCCCAACGCGGAGAAAUAGAGGCAACUCUUCGUCAAACCCGCGUCCAUUGUCAGCAGUACUCCCCGCACCUUCCAAUCCCGAGCUUGUGGACGAGUGUGCCACUGAGGAGACUACUGAAGAAAGUGGACCCCACUCGACUUCCGAAGAAAUGAUGACCCUGCCGUUCCUCGACUCUGAUAUUCAACACUCCUCUGUGAACCUUUCGACAUCGCAAUCUUUGGAGUUUCUCAUGCAAGGGUUCGACCAUACUCGGCCACUACCACUGAUAGAUCAGUUAUCACACAGUUCAACUACAUCACCUCCACAGAACGGCGACAUGUACUCUGGAAGCAGUGUGCAACCAAAUGGCAUAGAUUUUGGGUCCGAGAUAUGGAACAUGGAGUCCUUCUGGGAUGACUACUUGAAACCAGUAACCGACGCGCCGCCUGAUAUUGGAUUACUGUCCAAUGACCAACAGGCAGCCUCUGAGGCGUUGAAGUCCAGGGAAGAUGAAACGGAGCGAAUAGCGGUUCUUUUCCAUCAGCAGACAUGCCGCACUCUCUCCGUCCAGGAAGAAUCAGACCAGAACCCAUGGAGAACGCUCAUCUGGCCGCUAGCCAAAGAGUACCCGGCGCUCUGGCAUGCUAUUGCGGCGUUGACCUGCUUGUGUAUCAGUAAGCAGCAACCUCAGCUUCGCGCUGAUGGGGCUCGACAUGUCCAGCGGAGCACGCAGUUACUCUCGGAGGCCAUGGAUAAGGGCGAAAUCCCUCUUGAUGCUGCCCUAGCCACUACACUGACGCUCGGGUUCACGGAGACUUGGGACUACGAGAAGUCGGCUACAGGAAUCAGUCAUAUUCGCAGCGCUGGGAUUAUACUGUCGCAAAUUUUGUCUAGCUACCCGAACUCAAUGUUGGAGACUGAAGACGAGGCUCGUAUAGAGUUCUUGUACAAUACUUGGACGUACAUGGAUGUUCUCGCGCGUUUUACUUGCAGCGAAACAUUUCCUACCUAUUCAGCGAGUACACCUAUUCCCCACUGGAGUGAGUUAGGCUGGACCACAUCUCACCUCGAUCCUCUAAUGGGAUAUUCAACGACCUUUUUUCCCAUCAUGCGACGCGUUGCAGAUCUAGUAAACAAGGUCAGGGCUAAGCCAGCCCCACGGAACUCCCCAGCGAUCAUCUCCCAAGGACUCGAACUGAAGCGCGAUAUCGAACGUUGGACACCGCCGAUUGAUCUCGAGGCCAUCGAUGACCCCUCACCCAAUAUGACGGAUGCAAUCCAAACCGCCGAAGCAUACCGAUGGGCCAUGUUAUGUAUACUAUAUCAAACUGUGCCUGAGCUACCGAAUCUGACAUCCUAUGGCGAGCUAGCGCAGAAGAUUCUAAUUUACCUAGCUACGAUACCAUUGAACUCACCAACGACCAUCGUGCAUAGCUUACCGCUCAUGGUAGCCGGCAGCGAUACGGUAGAAGAGGAGGAUCGAGAAUUCAUCCGGGACCGAUGGCGUGCCAUGUCUCAGCGCAUGGUCACAGGGGUAACCGAGCGGUGCUUGGAGAUCACCGAAGAAGUCUGGAGGAGGAGAGAAGAAUAUCUGUGGGCGCGUGGCCUGUCUGUUUCACCGGACGGUCUUCGGCUCAGUUCGGCCGCAACCGAGUCCGCGGCUCUUUCCAACGAUAUCGCAUACUUUAUCAGCUUUGGAACAAGCCCUGAUGCUGCUUCGACUGGCUCUGGUAGCGCAAAUGCUCAACAAGUGAAUCAGCGGAAUAUUCGCAGAGUGAACGACUUUCCUAUUUCCGCUGCGUUCAAAAAGGGCGUGGAUACUCUGACGCGAUCCGGAUGCAGCGAGUAUACUGUACGUGGAAGGCUGCAUUGGCUUGGUGUUAUGAAAGAUUGGAACUGGCAAGUUAUGCUAGGUUGAAACAUCUUGUAUCAACAUCGAAGGUGUUUUGGGAUAUUAAAAGAGACAUGCGCCUUGUUACUUCGUCUUUCGCUCAAGCCUAUACGUCCCGCAUGAAAUCUCGCAUUGUUUAAGGCGUCCUUGUUUCCAAGAUUGAUACCAAAUGUACUGCUUUUCUAGACUGUGCCUCAUGUACGCCGAACUUUGGACCUCACAAGCUCACCAGGCCUUUAGAUAGAGUUUCUUCUGUUAGUUCUUUCAAGUCGGUACUCCUACGCCUUCAAAUAUCCCCUAGACUUCCGCAUUUGUCAUCCUCCAUGGUGCGUUUUCCUGUGCCUUGAAUCUACAUCUAGCCUAGGCCUGCAAAACCUCAGCCCUAUACUUCAUUCACUAUUGUACGUAAGAGAUGAUUGAGUACAUGCAAACACGU